CGCUUCCACCAGAGUGGCUGACGGAGCCUGAAGACGUGGUGGUGCUGGAGGGUCAGGCAGCCACCCUUCACUGUGAGGCUUACGGCUCUCCUGACCCCAACAUGACCUGGGCCAGGAUGGAGGGAGAUAACCAGGUCAUCAUUCAUGAUGAGGACCCCAGAUAUGAAAUCGACGACUCCAAAAUGAUAAUAAAAGCUGUGGACGAUAACACCGAAGGUCACUAUGUCUGCAUCGCCACCAAUAAGUUUGCUUCCUUAGAAUCACAAGCUGAAGUUCAAAAGCGAGAGAAAACUGAGGUGGAAGCCAGUCUGGUGGCAGAGAGAGUCGCUGCUGGUGACCACGUCUCUGUAGACUGUCACAUCAAGAUUGACCCCCAUCUCCACCCCACCGUCACCUGGUUCAAGGACGACGAACAGAUCGACCUUGAAGACGACAAGUUCUAUCUUGGACGUAGAGAAGACUUCCAUGACGGUGACAGUGACGGAGAGAAAGAUGACGUUGAUGGUGACGGUCGUGAGGAGGAGACGUGGGUGCUGGAGAUCCUGAAGGUUCAUGGUCACCACUCCGGGGUCUACACCUGUCGCGUCCACACCGAGGUCGAUGAUGCUUCUGACGACCUCAUCCUCACUGUCGAGGAUGUGCCGAACCCACCGCACCUGAUGGCGGUAGAGUGCAGGGACCGAGAGGCCUUCCUGGAGUGGGCCUCCGCUGGGGACAACAACGCCCCGGUACAAGGCUUCUUUAUUGAGUACACCACCUCUUAUCAUCCUGAUGUGUGGAAAGCUGCAACUAAUAAGAUACCAGCGUCUUCAACUUCCUUCUCAGUUGGGAUGAGUCCAGGACUCAACUACACGUUCCGGGUGCUGGCGCUCAACAGGGUGGGCAUGUCUGGGCCCAGUGAAGAUACUUUUGAGUGCUUCCCUCCAGGCCUGGCUCCAGACCACCACCCUUACAACGUUACUGUCACUGGCACCGCUCCUGGCACCCUCCUGAUCUCCUGGCAGGUUAUGGCGCCUGAAGAACAUAACGGACCGGACUUCCAUUAUAAAGUCCACUGGCGACCCGUCAGUGACGACAAUAACAACGGUGACGGUGGUGAUAGUGGCGACGACAACGGUGACGGUAACGGUGGUGAUAGUGGCGACGACAACGGUGACAGCAAUGGUGAUGGCGACGAUAGCGGUGACAAAAAUGAUGAGGCUUCAGACACCACUCAUAGUGAAGACCAUGAGGAGGCCACUCAUGAUGACGACAACCACGACAACAAUGGCUGGCACACAAUAGUCAUUGAUGACUGGGAGAAGUUGACCAGCCAGGGCAGCUCCACCUGUAUCUUGCGCUCCCACUUGGCCAGCCUUCACAGUAGAGAAUUUUACUGCUGAGCUGCUGGAAAGGAUUUCCGAAGAUACCUGCACCUUCUAGAGCAACAGUAAUGAUGAGACAGCGUUGUUCUGGAAGAUGCCUUCUAGAACUUACAUGAACAAGCAGGAAAAAGGCGCUGCUGGCUUCUAGACAGCAAAAGAUUGCUUCAGUUUGCUGAUGAGUGCUUAUGUAGCAAGUGAAUUUAAGUGCAGACCCAUGUUUCUUUGUCACUCAAAGAAUCCCAGUGAUUUAAAACAA